UGCUCUGGUGACCCCAGCAAAAUGGGUCUACUGUGGACUCCACUGUCUUUGUUCAUCCUAUUUUGGGGACCUGCUUGCCUGAGGACCGAGGAACACCCCAGAUGCCCAGCAGGCAAGCAUCCUGCCAGCCAGAAGGUGGGCAGUGGAGUUAGAACCGUAGAGGCCUCUGGAAGAGACAUGCCCACCCUGUGCCCACCGGCCCCAUGUCUCCCUGCAGAAUCCAGGGAACUGGAAGCCAGCAAAGUUGUUCUCCUGCCUAGCUGUCCUGGAACCCCAGGAAGUCCUGGGGAGAAGGGAGCUCCAGGUCCCCAAGGGCCACCUGGGCCACCAGGCAAGAUGGGUCCCAAGGGUGAGCCAGGAGAUCCAGUGAACUUGUUCCGGUGCCAGGAGGGCCCCAGGAGCUGUCGGGAGUUGCUGAGUCGGGGUGCCACCUUGAGUGGCUGGUAUCGCUUGUGCCUACCUGAGGGCAGGGUCCUCCCAGUCUUUUGUGACAUGGACAGUACAGGAGGUGGCUGGCUGGUGUUCCAGAGGCGACAGGAUGGUUCUGUGGAUUUCUUCCGCCCCUGGUCUUCCUACAAAGCAGGUUUUGGGAGCCAGGAGUCUGAGUUCUGGCUGGGGAAUGAGAAUUUGCACCAGCUCACUUUGCAGGGUACCUGGGAGCUUCGAGUAGAGCUGGAAGACUUUAUUGGGAACCAUACCUUUGCCCUCUAUGAGUCCUUCCACCUCCUUGGGGAGAAAGACCACUACCAGCUGGCACUGGGCAGGUUCUUAGAGGGCACCGCUGGGGACUCCCUGAGCUCUCACAGUGGGAAGCCUUUCACCACUUUUGAUGCUGACCACGAUUCAAGAGAGGGCAACUGUGCAGUGGUUGUCCAUGGUGCCUGGUGGUACGGAUCCUGCUACCGAUCCAAUCUCAAUGGGCUCUACGCAGUGUCUGAGGCCACUGCCCCCAAGUAUGGCAUUGACUGGGCCUCAGGCCGAGGCGUGGGCCGGCCCUACCGAAGGGUUAGGAUGAUGCUUCGCUAGGGCACCCUGGCAGACAGUGCCCUUAUCUUUUCUGUGCAGCUUCCGGACCCUCAGCCAUCUCCCCAUUGCCAACCGCCUCUGCUUCCCUGUCCACAUCUAAAAAUAAAUCACUUUAACCCUUUA